AGGGUGCACUCCAACCACCAAUGGCUGGAAGACGCCACCUGCUGGUGAUCCUGCUAUUGAUCCUGCAGCUGAUCGCCACCACGCCGGCGUCGCGCAGCCUCAGCGUGAAUGGGAACAACAUUUGGCGGCGAGUGCGCCUGGUGACCAACCAGGAGUCGGAGCGCAAUGCCUACCAGGUGCUCAAGCCGAGCAGCAGGAAUGCCAGCACCACCACCACAUCCACAACCACCACCAGCAGUACCAGUACGAGUACAAGUACCACAACCACGAGUACAACUCCUGCAACUCCUCCAUCACAGCGUUCAGCCAAACAAUUGGAUCUCAAUUUUCCGGGUGGCAAUGUGUCCAGUGCCGCCCGACUGGAAAUGUCCACGGAAUUCUUUGUGGUGCCCACGCUCUCGUCCAGCAGACCCAGCAGCAGCAGCUCCACCACACCGGCCACGCCCACACGGAGCCUGGGGGCCAGGGCGAGAUCAGCUGGGACCAGCUCCUCGGGCAGAGUGCCUCCGGGGGGCAGCAGCAGCAACAGCUUCAAUAGCACACCGCCCAGCGUGGUUUCCACGCAUCUGCCCUUUGCCGGGCUGCGCAAGGAGCCGUGGGUGGUGCCGGUGCUCGUCCUGGCCACCCUCACGAUGCUGAUGAUGGGAGCCUUCGAGAUCUUCGUGCUCUUUAAGGCCUGGCGCACGUCGCCAUCGCGGCGUCACCUCUUCCUUGGUCAGAUGCUGCUCCUGGGGCUCUUCGCCUGUGCCAGCUUGGGAGCAAUCAUCACUGCCCAGCCCACGCUACUCAGCUGUGGAGCGAUUCGUUUUGGUGUGGGAGUGGCUUACGCUCUGGUCUUCGCCGCCCUCCUGGUCAAGUGCGUUUUCCUGAUCAGCCUGAAUGGGGGAGUCUACCUGCCGGCUCCUUAUCAAGGACUCCUACUACUCUUCGCUCUACUCAUCCAGGUGGCCAUCGGUGGCCAGUGGCUGCUUACCCAGCCGCCAGAGGUGUACACCACCAGUGUGCCCGUAAUGGGAAGCGGCUUCCUUAGCACCACAGUGGCCUCACAGACCAACUACUCGGCCCUGUUCUAUCCCACAUCGUACACAACGCUGGACGGAACUCCGGAGAUUUAUACCCGGAUAGCUGCGGUCAGCACGGUGCUGAUCCCGCUGUGCAAGACCCAGUUCUCGGAGCUGCUCUUCUCGCUGAUCUACAUCGUCUUCCUGAUCGUCUUCAUCGCCGUGCUGGCCAUCAAGUCGCGUGGCAUACGGGACAACUAUCGGGAGGCCACCUACAUUGGCCUGGCCAUUGGCGGAGCCAUUCCCAUCUGGCUGGGCUGGAUGCUGUGCGGCCUGGCGGUGGCCGAGCGGCACAAGGAUGCCUGCAUCGCCUUCGGACUGGUGGCUACCUCGGCCACCGUCUUCCUGGUGAUGUUCAUGCCCAAGGGCAGGCAGCUGGCGGCCAUGGGCAAGGAGGGCCUGUACGUGGAGGACCGCGAGGAGCAGUUUAGCUCGCUGAGCCGUGCCGGCUCCGGCUACUCGCCGUCCUUCUUCCACUUCAAGCCCAUCAAGUACGGCGUUAUGAGCGGCUGUGGGCUGCCCAACUCGGCCUCGAACACGGGCCAAGGACUCAGCUCCAAGCAUUGCUCCAGUGCCAACAACGGAGGUGAUCGGGUUGCUCUGGUCACCGCCGCACCGCCGAGCUAUACGCGUAUGUAUCACUACUUUCCAGCACACCUGAGUCCGCACCCGUUCUGCUAUUAUCCACCCGCACCACCGCCCCCACUGCCACCACUGCCGCCGCAGCCACCGCCACAGCAGCAGGCGCACGCCGCACCGCCCACGCUCACGCCGCUGACCCUCAAGCAGCUGGGCAACUCGCUAACCUCCAUGACACAAGCGGCGCAAUUGGCCAAAACGUUGCGCUAUGCGCCAGGCAUGUUCAUACGACCCGACGAAACGAAUCUCUAUACGACGCUGGAGCCCACGUUGAGCAGCAAUCCGAAUGUGUACUUUCAGCGCAGCGGAGCCGUUCAUCCCGGCAUCCUGUACUAAGAUGAAUGUCCUUCAGCAGGACAUCGAGAUGGAAGCGAAAGAAUGUAUCGAGCAUCGAGAACACUGGAACUGAGUAUUUUUUCACCUAACAUUAAGUUACGGCUCCCAAGGAGCAGCAAUAAGCGAAUUGAUAUAUUCCCCGAUCAUUUCACAUAGUGUAAUAUUUUUGUCAUAAUUGCUAAGCGCCUUAUGCAUCCUAGUGUAAGCCACAUCGACCUAGUUAGUUAAGGACUCAGACUCGACCUGGACACGGGAUGGGAAUUUUGAUAGAUUCCCCGCCACACGAUGCAAUAGAACUGCGGUGUUUAGUAGUCCUAGUUAAGCGACAUUGACCAAGUACACUGGUUAUAUUUCACACUUGAGAUUUAGCGACACGAUUUUAUUGCAAUAAGUUCAAGAGCAGCUGGCUUCGAUUCCUAAACAAUGUUAUCAUGUUCUUCGGUUUGUGAUUUUAAAGUAAACUUAUCUAAAAGUCUAAACGUAUCUAUAGAACUCUGUCCCAGCUCUGCUUUUGAAACAACUCACGAGAGCGGGCUCUGGACAUUUGUAUACAAAGUGUUAACAAGGCAAUUGCAGAUCAUAAAUACCCAAGACCUUUGCCACGAUGUAAAGAUCAUGUUGUCAGAUUCUGUAAAUUAUUCAUUUCAAAAAACUAGAAAUAGAAAAGAGAUUGGGAUCAGCGUUCCCUUGGAGCCCCAAGUUUGUCAGCAUUCUAUGUAUACAGAUGUUUCAGGCCCUGCGAGCACUCAUAUACCAGUAAGUAAUAGGCUUAAUAAACAUUUGUCUAGCCAAGUAAAGCGAUCGCUUAAGCAAACACGAAAUGUUGUACAUAUAGCAAUGGCCCCGAGCACAACCACAACACACACAACACAGCGCACAACACACACACGAC